CACUUCACAACAUGUCCUCCUACACUUCAUCAAAGUCAAUCACUUCGUCACCUCAAACCAUGUACCCAUUCACUAAUCUUCCUCCCGAAAUACGCGCCCAAAUCUGGCACCUUGCCGCCCAGCUUCCCCUCACCCUCGACCUCUGGCGCCUCCCCAUCGGAACGCCCUCCUUCCAUGCCACAUACCCUAACCAACAACCAAACUUCGUAAACACCUACAGAUUCUGCACCACACGCCGCGUCCCCUCUCUUCUGCAUGUGAACAAGGAAUCCCGCGCCAUCGCGCUGCAGCAUUACGUCCUGGCAUUCGGAUGCACGAACAUCGUAGAUGAGGAUCAGGGCAUCACGAUGACCGCCCCGGCAAGAACUUAUGUGAACUGGAGAAUGGAUACAAUACUCUUUUUGGGAGCGAGAGGUGAUGAUGCUAUCCCUGAUGCUUUGACAAGUGAUGUCCCAGCAGAAGGAGCCUCGAUCGCUAUCGAGGUCUCAUGGAUGGCUUACCCCCUCGAGUUGACUGAAGUCAACGCGAUUUCUGGGAAUGAUAGGAUCAGAGAGGUCAUUUUCUACAAUAGCGAAUUGCCGGAGGGCAUGCAAUUGGCUUUUGAGUUGUUCGAUCGAUCGAAAAAGAGACCGAAAAGCAUUGAGUUUGUGGAAUUAGAGGAUGGGGAGGAGCAGCGGCGGGAGUUGCUUUUCAUGUUCGCCAAGGAAGAACUUGAAUUCCAAUUUCAGCGGCUGGAGGAAAUAGUAGAAGCGGAUUAUUGGUUGGAUGAUGUCACUUUGGAAGAGGGGCAGGAGAGACAGGAGGCUUUGAAAGGGAUUCAAAUGAGGCUAGUGGUGAGGUUUGGGAAGUUGUUGAUCGAUGGAAAGUCGUGCAGAGAGUCAGGUGUAUGGAACUUGGCAGAUUCGGUCUCUCCUUAGUCAGUCACUCCUGUAGGGGCCAGAGUCGUCAAUAAUUUGACCGAAGGAUAUUUUUCUCAAUCAACAAUUAUCUUGUCCUGUUCAUAACAUAGCAGCUAUUAUAAUCAAUAUAAUCCUCCACCCUUGCAUGUGCAACACGUGACCCCCGCUGCUACCUUGCGACUAAUGUGACUAUAACAUCUGCUACCUGUCUACGGCCGAGCU